AUGGCACCGAAAAAGCAGCUCCCAAAGCCCGGACGCAGCGAGUACCAGCUCAAGUUCCUUCAGAAGAACCCAAUCAUUGGCAGUGCCGUACACAGCCUCCUCGACCUCCAGUCGCGCCACUAUGCCCUGAACAAGCGAUACCAGGACGAGAUGUGGCGGUUGGAGCAACAAACACUUCGCCCGCUGCCACAGCCUCUUCCAAGAGCGCCAAACAUGACCAGCGGAACGAACAAGCCUGCCGCCGUGCUGUACUUUGCCGUGGCCGUGCAGCGACGGCCCGCAAAUCAAGGGCCGCUGUCCAGCGGGAUUCCCCAUUUCUGGCUCCGCGCAAUGAAGAAUGAACCCGACCGUGGCCGAGGGUGCCCAGGCGUUCAGGAUCCGUUCGACGUCGAGGAGAGCCCCUUCAUCAGCAACGCGACACUGGCAAAGGAGUUCGUCUACGACCGCGAGCCACCCGAGGACGACAACUACGGCACACUGCUGUACAGCAAGGCGCCCGGUGCCGUGAAUGCUACUGGGGAACUCGAGUACGAGUCCUUCUUCGACUUCUUUGACUCGACUUCCUACGAGGACGACGAGGGCAACGACGACAGCGACGCUGGCACCAGCGGCAACAACGAAGAUGCGCGCUUCCAGCGCGGUAGGCGCCGGCCUCGCAAGAGCGGGUACGAUGAAGGAUCGGAUGAUGAUAGUUAG